UUAAAAAAUCUAGUACUAAUUAUCCUAAUCCAAUCAUAUAUAAAAGAAAAACAAACUUCACUUGAAAAUUGUCACUUGUUAAUGAAGAAAAAAGCCAUGGAAGUGGAGAUAAUAUCCACAGAAACCAUCACACCAUCUUCUUCCCCACCAUCUCUUCAUCUAAAAUUCUUUAAACUCUCACUUCUUGAUCAGCUCUCCCCCUUCACAUACACUUCUCUUGUCUUCUUCUACGCCCUCGACGCAACCCACGAUGACCUUCUGCUUUCCGAUGGCCUCAAAACCUCCCUCUCCAAAGCCCUAACGGAGUUCUACCUUCUCGCCGGAGCAGUCGAAAACAACACCGAAAUCCUCGGCAACGGCGUUGGAGCCCUCUUUCAGACUGCAAGAGUUCACGGCGCCAUGCUGGAGUUUCUAAAGCAAUCCAGCUUUGAAUCACUCAGUCGACUCAUCCCUUAUCAGUCCGUGCCGUCGUUGUCAACGAAGGAAGCAAUACACCCUCAAGUCGCCGUCCAACUGAACACCUUCAGCGGCGGCGGGGUGGCCGUGGGGGCUUGUUUUCUACACAAGAUCAUUGACGGGACCACGCUGAGCUGCUUUUUGAGGCGGUGGGCCGCAGCCGCCAGAGGGUUCGUGGAGGAGGAGCAGCCGGAGUACGCGGCGGCGCUGUUCCCGCAGAGGGGUCUGUCGGCGGGGAAUUCAUGGCUUUCGAAAGGAUAUUCGCCGUUUGUGGGUGGAGGAAGGAUUUGUAGAAGAAGAUUUGGUUUUGAAGGAGGUGCGAUUUUGGAGCUUAAAGAGGAAGCCAAAUCGGAGAGCGUCAAGAACCCCACCGGUGUGGAAGUGGUUACUGGAUUUAUAUGGAAGCAUGCGAUCAGAGCUGCAACACAGAGAUCGGGUUCUCAACAACCAUCGGUAUUGACUCAUGCAGUCGACCUCCGAAGAAGAAUGGCACCACCAUUACCACCAACCUCCAUGGGAAAUCUUUUCUGGAGCGCAGUCGCAUAUUACGACUCUUCGAACACCGAUAUCGAACUGAGAGAGCUCGUAAGUCUUCUCCGGCGAUCGUUUGUCGAUAUCGACGACAAGUUCAUCGAAAAAAUGGCCGGGGAAGACGGGUUUCAGGCCAUAUCAAACUGGUUCAUCAGGAUGCAGGAGCUGUUUUCUUCAAAGCCAUAUGCAUACGGAUUUACGAGCUGGCGAAAUCUGGGGCUAAACGACGUCGAUUUCGGGUGGGGCAAGCCUUCGUGGGUGAGCUUUGCAGGACCUGAAAAUUCAGUGCUGAGGAACAUUGUUGUUUUGAAGGAAGCCAUUUUGGGGGAUGGGAUUGAAGCAUGGAUCCUUUUGGAUGAAGAUGAAAUGAACAUAUUGGAAAAUGACCAACAAUUCCUUGCUUUUGCUUCCCUUAAUCCAAUUAUCCAUUUGGCUUAAGUGUUUGAAUUAUAUUUGUUCACAAUUUGCUCAAACUUAUAGGUUUUUUUUUUUGGACAAAAAAUCUUUAAUUCGAGACCAUAUAAAUUAGUGAUUACUAUGCUAAGAUAUUGUUAAGGAUGUUA